AUGACCUUACCUUUUACAGCCUAUGCCCUCUUUUUGGCAGGCCAUCUCUUCGUCAUACUCCUCACCCACACUCGACUAUCGUUUAGAAUCAAACGUUCAUUUCUUUGGUGGGACGACCUCUUUUCAGUCUUCACCAUGAUUGUCAAUGCCUACUUUUUUGUACGUACCUACGUGAUAGUCACUUCACGGGUAGUCAGUUUGCAUGGAUACAGGUUGGAAUUGGGUUUGGCAAUAGAGGCUCUCUGCCUAUCAAGAACUUCCUUGCUUCUUUCUCCUACACGUCUUACGAAGGAACGUCCGUCGGUGGUCAGCAGGGCGCGCUUACUGUCGGUGAUCAUCCUAGUCAUGGGCUCUAUCUUUGCGUCCGUCACGGCAUUUGCCAUACUGUCUUCUCUAGUUACAAACACAACAAUCGCUGCAGCUAUACCUGGACUCUUUUCUGACGACCGGGUGCCUGUCAACAACAAGCACCCAGAACCACCGCUCACUCAACCUCAACCAGUUAGACAAGUUAGGUUCAGUACCGUGGAUUUGGGAGCCAGUACUGUAGUAGACCCUUCGUAUUCAGCAACCGCCGAAGCCGAAUAUCCGGACCUCAAUAAACCAACCCCGCUAUCACCGGUACCUUCAUUUGACACCAUUCCCACUUCUAGUUCCCCAGUAUCCGCACCAUCUUUUUAUAUGGACUAUUGGUCCAGCAAACCCGCUGUAGUAGAGAGUGUAUCACACUAUGACACUCCUUAUAUAGAACCGCUGCCUGGACUCAAGCUGACACCAGAUGAUCCAUCUGCACCAUCGGGCUCUGGACUAUAG